ACAACAUAAAAUUGGGUGUACUAUAAAAUAAUGUUGUAUUAGCAAUAUCCGAAAGGUCAUUGAACGGUCACGUUACUAAAUUAUAUAUUUGUAUAUACCUACCGAAUAUAUACGCUAUAAUACUCGUAGUACCGCUAUAGCAGAUUCCCUAUAUUUGUGGUAUCGCUCGUCACAUUAAACAAAUUCAAACAAUCAGACUGUACCUAGGUCUAUUCAAUACGUAUAGCCGUCAUUCUAAAUAUUAUAGUAUUUACUAAUAUGUGGGUACACGAAUCCGUAGAACGUUUAAAAUAUUAUCUAAAUGGUAAAUCGCGAGCUGAAAAUUAAUAGCAAUAUAAAUUAAUACAUUCGAACGUUUUUAUCCUGCAAGCAUCAGAAGCGGAAAAAAAAUUAACGAGAAACGAGUUAUUUGCAGUUAGACAGAACGGCCUUCGAGUCGCAUGCCGUUGGUAAUGAGUGAGUUUACGAUAGGUCAAUAUCGGAUCCGAUUCAAGCAUGUAUUACGACCACGUGAUUAUAUGUCCGACAACAGUCCAAUGACUCCUGAACUAGAAAAAAAAUUAUAUAAGCACAUAAUAUUAUAAGGAUAAUAUAUCGUCGCGCGUGGCUGCUGCGAAGUCUUUCGCAAAUUUCGUCGACAUUUGCCUGCUGGUCGUGGUUAUAAUCCGACGUCCAUCGUACACGCGACAGUCGCCGGAACCAGCAAAUCCAAAAUCGGGAAUUCGCGAAAAUAUAUUAUUAUGGUUUCCGCUUCGCUACAUUUUCAGGCGCGGACAGUUGUUGUCUUAUUAUUGUUGCAGUGCUCGUUCGUGGUCAUCGUCCAAAGCGUAUCGUCGCCUGCACGGUCCUAUCCGCCUCUAUUCCAAUCGGCGCUGAAAUUUUUGGGAGAAACACUGGUAUGGGAAUCCAAUGAAACCGUCGACCGGGCAAAGGUGCUUCCGGAAUACGAUUUUAUCGUGGUCGGGGCCGGAAGCGCUGGAUCGGUAGUGGCGAGCAGACUGUCUGAAGUCAAAAAAUGGCAGGUGCUGUUGAUCGAAGCAGGACAACAAGCCUCACACAUCAUGGACGUGCCUUUGGCUGCUCCGUUUUUGCAAUUUUCCUCGAUCAAUUGGAAAUACAGAACAGUUCCGAUGAACAACUCGUGUCUAGGAAUGGAAGGCAAUCGAUGCAAAUUUCCCAGAGGCAAAGUCAUGGGUGGCAGUAGCGUAUUGAAUUACAUGAUAUAUACACGUGGUAACAGAAAGGAUUACGACAAUUGGGCAGAUAUGGGAAACACGGGUUGGGAUUACAACAGCGUUCUGAAAUAUUUCAUCAAAUCGGAAAACGCCAACUUGUCUCACUCCGAGCCGGGUUAUCACGGAAAAAACGGAUUGUUGUCGGUGUCCGAUGUCCCGUACAGGACUCCAAUAGCGAAGGCUUUUGUGGAAGCAGGGUCGCAAAUCGGACUUCCCGUUGUAGACGUCAACGGAGAGAAACAAGUCGGGAUCAAUUAUUUACAGGCCACCAUGAAAAACGGUCUCCGUCACAGUACGAACGCAGCGUUUCUCUUCCCAGCAAAAAGGAGAUCAAACCUGCACGUAAAAAAGUUCAGCACAGUAACCAAGAUAUUGAUACACAAAUCGACGAAGAAAGCGAUCGGCGUGGAGUUCGUCAGGAGCGGAAAAAAAACCAGAGUGUUUGCCCGGAAGGAGGUGAUCGUUUCCGGUGGAGCCAUAAACACACCGCAGCUGCUCAUGUUGUCCGGAAUCGGGCCCAAGCAACACUUGGCGGACCUCCGGAUCCCGUUGGUGGCGGACUUGCCGGUCGGCGAGAACCUGAUGGACCACGUGUCGCUGGGAGGACUGGUGGCGACGGUGAACGACACCGUAUCGAUAAGGCUCCACAGGGUAUUCAGUGACCCAUACAUUCUGAACGAAUUACUGCAGAACCACAACGGUCUCUAUACAGUGCCGGGUGGACCCGAAGCCCUGUCUUUCGUGGACGUCAACAGUCCGGACUUGGCGGACGGACAUCCCAACCUCGAACUUCUGCUGGUGACGGGACUGUACUCGACCCACGAGAUGAUGCCCAAGCUGUGCGGUAUGAGGCCCGACCUGUACGACGCAGUGUACCGGGCCACCGAGGGUAUGGACGGGUUCACGGUGUUCCCGAUGGUGAUGCGUCCCAAGAGUCGCGGCCGCGUGUGGUUGAGGGACGCCAACCCGUUCCACCACCCGCUGAUCGACCCCAACUAUUUCGCCGACGAGGCCGACCUGGACGUGAUCGUGGCCGGAGUCCGGCUCGUCCAGCAGAUGCUGCGCACGGGCCCGAUGAGGUCACUCAACGCCACAGUCCUGGAAACGCCGCUACCGGGUUGCGUGCAACACGUGUUCGACACAGACGCUUACUGGAAAUGUGCCGCCAGACAGAUAUCGUUCACGAUCUAUCACCUGUCCGGCACGUGCAAGAUGGGACCGGCCACAGAUCCGACGUCCGUCGUCGAUCCGAGGUUGCGCGUGCACGGCAUCAGUAGCCUGAGAGUGGUGGACGCGUCGAUCAUACCGGAAGUGCCGGCGGCUCACACCAACGCCCCGACGAUCAUGAUCGCGGAAAAAGCGUCCGACAUGAUUAAGGAGGACUGGGACGUACGGACGUAGUAGAUAAUUUCGAGCUGUAAUAAUAUUAUAAUCAGCGUUAAGGAUAUUGAUUUAAGCGACUGGCGCCAAUCGAAUUUUUUUAUUGGAGGUAUACCAACAUCUGAGCGGUUCAAUUCUUGUCAUCGUCGGGCCACUUUUUUUUCUUCAUAAGUUACAAAUACACGUAUGUAUUGCAUAAUGUGUAUGGUGUUGGAGAGUUGUAUAUUAUUUAAUAUUUUAAUGAAUUAAAAAAUUGGAAAGUGCUGGUAUGUUGGAAUAGCUUUUGCCAUGCAUACCGAUUUUAUACAUCCUAAUAAUAAUAAACAAACAUAAACUCCUAACAUAAUAUUAUAUUAUACUUAUUGUGAUUUUUUUAAUAUAUUUAAAAUUUUUAGU